UGCCCUUUGACAUAUUUGGACGGCCUUGCAACCCAAAUUGACUAGUUCAUUGCCUUAGGCCCUUUAAAAGGUAAACAACUCUCUUCACUUUGCUUCAAAAGAAGAAAAAACAUAAACCAAGUGAUCAUCGAGAGACAGACUUCGAGAAAUCAAAGAAACAUUAUAUAAUGGCCGAGGAAGUGUUCAUCAGCAACAAGCAGGUGGUAUUGAAGAACUAUGUAACUGGGUUUCCACAAGAAUCUGAUUUGGAAAUUAUCACUUCCUCUACUAAGCUCAAUGUCCCUGAAGCCAUUCAAGAUGCUGUUUUGGUAAAGAAUCUCUACUUGUCUUGUGAUCCUUAUAUGCGUGGUUGCAUGAGCAAGCCUGUAGGCCCUUCCAUUGUUUCUUCUUUCGAGCCAGGAAAGCCCCUUUAUGGAUUUGGAGUUGUAAAAGUUGUGGAUUCUACACAUCCAAAUUUCAAGAAAGGAGACUUGGCUUGGGGUUUUACCAAAUGGGAAGAGCAUAGUCUCAUAAUAUCACCACAGCUUUUAUUUAAAAUUCAUCAUAAUGAUCUGCACCUUUCCUACUACACUGGAAUUCUGGGUGUCCCUGGUAUCACUGCCUAUGGCGGUUUUCAUGAGGUAUGCUCUCCUAAGAAAGGAGAGUACGUCUUUGUAUCAGCAGCAUCUGGUGCCAUUGGUCAGAUUGUUGGCCAACUAGCUAAAUUAUUGGGUUGCUAUGUUGUUGGAAGCGCUGGAUCAAACGAAAAGGUUGAUAUGCUAAAGAACAAGUUCGGGUUCGAUGAGGCUUUCAACUAUAAGGAAGAGUCUGACUUAGAUGCAGCUCUUAAAAGGUGUUUUCCUGAAGGCAUAGAUAUUUACUUCGACAGUGUUGGAGGAAAAAUGCUCGAUGCAGUGCUUCUGAACAUGAGGAUCCGAGGUCGCAUUGCUGCAUGUGGAAUGAUCUCUCAGUACAAUCUUGACAAGCCUGAAGGUCUUCGUAACUUGAUGUCUAUUAUCGGGAAACGAGUUCGCGUGGAAGGAUUCGUGACUGGUGAUUUUUAUCACCUUUAUCCAAAAUUUCUGGAACUGGUUAUUCCUUAUAUUAAACAAGACAAGAUUGUAUAUGUAGAAGAUGUAGGUGAAGGACUUGAGAGUGGUCCGACAUCUCUCAUCGGACUAUUCACCGGCCGGAAUGUUGGAAAGCAGUUGGUGGUUGUUUCUCAUGAAUGAUAGCCCUGCUGGAAAUGGAUCGUCUUUUACUUGUAUCAGAAGUAUUCUAUAAUUUUCUUCACUUCAAUAUAUUUUUUCGUACAAGGCAGUUGGAUUAGUGUCA